UCCGUGCGCGUUUUCCCUCCUUUGUCCCACUUCGCUUUCCUUACUAACGAGGGCGGGAACCAUAGGCUGUAUAUAUAAAGGCGGGAACAUAGAAAGGGCACAGAAGAGGAAAACGCGUGUAGUGGAAGACCAGAGAGGUGACACGUUCAGUUUGCCACCAUGUCGUCCAAUAAGAAGGGCGGCGAUGAGCGUUUCCUCCGGGUUCAGAAGGACCCCAGGUUUUGGGAGAUGCCCGAGAGAGAACGCAAGAUCGACAAGCGCUUCCAGUCCAUGUUUCACGACAAGCGCUUCACGGAGAAAUACACAGUGGACAAGAGAGGCCGACCCAUCAACCAAACCUCCACCGAGGACCUGAAGCGCUUCUACAACGUCUCCAGCUCAGAGGACGAAGACGACGAUGAGGAGGGUGUGAAGAGCAAGAAGAAGAAAGAAGUGAAGGAGGAGCUGGUGAAGGUGGAGAUAGAAGUGAAAGUGGAGAAAGAAGUGAAGGUAAAGGUGGAGAAAGAAGUGAAGGUGGAGAUAGAAGUGAAGGAGGAGCUGGUGAAGGUGGAGAUAGAAGUGAAAGUGGAGAAAGAAGUGAAGGUGAAGGUGGAGAAAGAAGUGAAGGUGGAGAAAGAAGUGAAGGAGAGCAAAGACGUUAAAGCUGAAGGACCGCCGCCUGAACGAGGGGUCAGAGUCAUAGAAGAGGAUGAACUUGUGCGUUACACUGCAGCAGAGAAGACCUUCGCUGUGAGAAAAGGGCUCCCAGUGUACUUGCUCGCAGCCUCCAUAUGCCAGGGUGUUGAAGAGCAGAUACCACACCUGACUGCUGCAUAUGUCCACCCAGACACAUUCCUCGCGCGGAGCCUGGAGCAGCACGCCUGGAAAUUUGAUCGGGUGACCGGGGAGGCGCUGGUGGUCGUGCACAUCGGAACCGAUGAUGUGGCCUCCGGACUGUCCCCAGCAGCCAUCGUGGGACAAAUGGAGGCCCUCAUUGACCGGAUCCAGCACGGCCAUGCAGAGCCUCUCUAUGUGGCCGUCUGCUCUAUCCUCCCCCGGCUGGUGGACAACCAAAGGACGAUGGGUACGGUGCGGGACACCAACCGCAGGUUCCACGAAUUGUGUCGGAGGAAGAAGGACACAAUUCACCUUCCUACCGGAAAACUGUUUCUCCAUCACAGACAGAUUAUUCAAAAUUAUUUUACUGGGGAUGGAGUCCACCUAAAUGUGGAGGGGAAAAAAGUCCUCUUUAAUUAUUUAAAGACAUUUCUUUGGCAUUUUUGUAAGCAUUCAUAGAAUGUUUACAAAAAUGCCAAAGACAUGUCUUUCUCACAGACAGACAGAGAGGGACAGAGACAGACAGACAGACAGACAGAGAGGGACAGACAGACAGAGAGGGACAGACAGACAGACAGACAGAGA